UUGGCUAUGCAUAUGCUCGGUCGCCGGCCCGGUGCCUGGACUCCAAAAUUUUGCUUUGUGAAGUUCUCUUCCCAUGCGUGAUGAUGUUACAUCUCGAGCUCAUUGCAUCUGCCAUGUGACUCCAGGCCGCCGGUGGCCCUCGUCCGUUCGGUCCCGACUCUGCCGGAGCUCGCUUGCACCGAUAAGAAGGGGAUGGCGCGGAAGUCUAUAAAAGCACGGUGGUGAACUCGCUCGAAUUCACAUACCGCUUCCACAGACUUUCGCCCUCAACCGCUUCAGUCCUCUCUUGCGCUAAUCCAGUCGCCACUUGUCGUACUCCCCGAAGCUUGGACGACAAGCAACAUCACCUCAGAAUGCGGCCCUCUCAGGUGCUCGGCGCUUUCGCCAUGGCCGGCGGUGUCUCUGGUGCCGCUGUGAACAAAAGGACUUGCUUCUUCCCCGAGCCGGAGCGCCGCAUCUGCUACUCGGAGCCGGGCGGCACGCCGCAGAAUCUCGACCUGCGCGAGGUCAACUUCGUUGCCCAGUACUUACGCGCGUACGAGCAGCAGCAGCUCUCGCAGGGCGGGUCGCCGUUCUGGAAGAUGCCGCUCCCCGAGGCCGACAACUGCGGCGAGUGGCAGGUGACGAGCAAGGGGCGCACCUGGGUCAUGGCCAAGCUCGUCGGCGAUGAGCAGGCCGGCGUGCUGUUCUCCGACAUCGCCAACACCAUCGACGGCCUCAACCUGGCCGACCCGUCCAAGGCGCUGCUCAACUGCAGCACCGCCGGCGGGCAGAUGGCCACCAUCGUCGACGACACCAACCCCUACUACCAGACCCAGCUGUUCGACGGCUUUACCAACAAGGGCAUCAUCAUCAAGCUCGUCAAAAGCCCCUCGUGAAGUGCAUCCGGUCUGUGAUCAAAAUCUGGGCAGGGCUGUCGGGUUGGUGGGAGCAAGAACUUGAAUGACUGCUAUGAACAUGCCUUUCGCCACCUCGGCCGGCGUCCUGUAGCCAUCUCGUUGUGUUAGUACGGAUAGUCAAUAAUACAUCGUACUGCUGAUGGCAUUCUAACCUGACGGUACCAAACUGGUGGGGAAUAUCUUGUCGGAACGAAGCCGCCUUGAUGGCUGCAUUCAACGGACCUCGGUAGUUGAUUGGUGCCAGCACCGCAACCCCUCUUCCUU